GGACCGGACUAGCCCGAGAUGACACACUUCCACACACACUAACACUCCAAACACGGCCUCUCCCCAGCUCCCUCCCAUGUUUCUCUUUCUUUUAUUGGCUAAAACAAGCUUACGAAGAACCGGACCGAACCCGGGCUCUGUUCAUCCGCUCUAACGGGUCUAACGGCGUCGGUACAAACCGGACUUUCGAUUAAUCGAACAAUUCCACCGCGACUUGUUCUCUCUUAUGAAGGAGAGCUCCCGUUAAGGAGACUGAGAUUUAACAUCACUUUGGAGUGACACGGCGGGCGGAAAUUAAACCUCAGCACGCCAGCUAACCUCCUCCAGCUUCAUCCUCAUCGGUGUCUCCAUCCUCAGCUGUUUCCCCGCGGAGGGUUUCCAGCAGCCAUGGCCGGAGGAGGACGCGCCGCGGUCGGUCUGCUCGUCCUGCUGUGCUCGCUCUUCGGUCCCUGCGGCUCCUUCAACCUGGAUGAGGACAAACCGUACGUGUUCUCCGGACCGGAGGGAAGCUACUUCGGCUUCUCGGUGGAUUUCUUCCAAGCCUCAACCGACCUGAGAUCAGACGUUUUGAUUGGAGCUCCUCGGGCGAACGCGUCGUCCUCCAGCAGUGUUGUGGAGAGAGGAGCGGUGUUCAGCUGUCCCUGGGCCAGUUCUUCCUCCUGUCAGCAGGUGCUGUUUGACAGCUCAGAUGACAGGACGAACACAGAAGGAGCUAAGAUGGAGUUCAAAUCUAAGCAGUGGUUCGGCGCUUCGGUCCGAUCUGAUGGAGAACACAUACUGGCGUGUGCUCCUCUGUAUCAGUGGUCGACGUUCGGCGUGUCGGAGCGAGAGCCGGUGGGAACGUGUUUCCUGAAGAAAGGAGACGCGGUGGUCGAGUACUCGCCCUGCAGAUCGGCUGCAAACUCACCUGAAGGUCAGGGUUUCUGCCAGGCCGGAUUCAGCGCUGACUUCCUAAAGAAGGAGCACAGAGUGGUGGUGGGCGGACCGGGCAGCUUCUACUGGCAGGGUCAGCUGAUUUCCGAUGACGUCUCUGAGAUUUUUAAGCGCUUUGACAAAAAAUAUGUCACCCCGUACGGAAACACCCUCUCUACAAAGUCCGCCAGCGCCCAGUAUGACGACAGUUAUCUAGGAUAUUCUGUGACUGUUGGAGACUUCAACGAUGAUGGGAAAGAAGAUUAUGUGACCGGAGUCCCUCGUGGAGACAAGGCGCUCGGUUAUGUGAACAUCUUUAACAACCUCAACAUGGAGUCUAUGGUGAACUUCACGGGAACACAGAUGGCGGCGUACUUCGGACACUCAGUUGCUGCUACAGAUGUUAAUAAUGACGGUUUGGUGGAUCUGCUGGUUGGAGCUCCUCUCUUCAUGGACAGAGGCCCUGACGGGAAACUGAGGGAGGUGGGACAGGUGUCUGUGUACCUGGGUCGUGGUGGGUUUUCCUUCCACCCUCCUCAGCAGCUCAUCGGGUCAGAGGUUUACGCCCGAUAUGGCUCUGCCAUCACCGCACUGGGAGACCUGGACAUGGACGGAUUCAACGACGUGGCGAUCUCUGCUCCGUACGGGGGUCCAGAUCGGUAUGGUCGCAUCUACAUCCAUAACGGCCGCCCUCAGGGGCCCAACGCCACACCUUCACAGGUCCUGAAGGGUAAAUGGGCAUCCAGCUACAUGCCUUCAAGCUUCGGAUACUCCAUGACAGGAAACACUGACAUAGACAAGAACGGAUACCCAGAUUUAAUAGUCGGGGUGUUUGGAGCCGACAAAGCGGUUUUAUACAGAGCUCGUCCUGUGAUCAGUGUGAACGCCACAUUGGACAUGACGCCUCAGAUCAUUAACCCCGAGGAGAAGAAGUGCAACCUCACUGGAACAAAUACGCCGGUGUCCUGUUUCAAGGUAAAGUACUGUCUGAAGGCCAGCGGCAUCAGAGCUCCACCCACUCUCAAUUUCCGUGUGGACCUGGAGCUGGAUCGUCUGAAGCAGAAGGAGUCGACCAAACGCGUCCUCUUCCUGCACGAUCAAGCCUUUCAUUACUCCAAGAACAUGAUGGUCAACAACGGGAAAGGCCCCACCUGCGAAGAGCAGUUCGUCUACCUGGUGGAUGGCCAAGAUGUUAGGGAUAAGAUCACACCCAUCUCCGUGGCGAUGGAUUACACUCUGAACUAUCAGAUGGCUGCAGAUCCGACUGGCCUGCUGCCCAUCCUCCACAUGUCGACACCGUCCAACGUCACCAAGCAGGCUCACAUCCUGUUGGACUGUGGAGAGGACAACAUCUGUAAACCCGACCUGAAGCUGUCCGUGAAGAGCGACCGCGAGCAGAUCUACAUCGGAGAUGAUAACGCUCUGACUCUGGAGGUGGUCGCUGAGAAUAAAGGAGAGGGAGCGUACGAGGCAGAGCUGGUCGUCUACCUGCCGCAGCUGGCCGACUUCACCAGGGUCGUCCCCAGCGAUAGUCACAGCAGAGUCUCCUGCACCUACAAGAAGGAGAACCAGACCAAGAUUGUGAAGUGUGACCUGGGAAACCCCAUGAAGGCAGGAACUGUGAUUAAGACAGCGCUGAGUUUCAGCGUACCGGUAUCAGAGGAGGAGACAUCUGUGAAGUUUGACCUUCAGAUGGUCAGCUCGAACCAGUUCGACAACACGAGUCCUCGAGUGUCCAGCGUCACCAAACUGGCGGUCCUGGCUAAAGUCUCCAUCAGAGGGACGUCGUCUCCCAGUCAGAUUCUUCUUCCCAUCGCCAACUGGAAACCCAGAAAUCCUGCUGUGAGCGUAGAUGACCAGGGACCUCAGAUAGUCCACGUCUACGAGCUCCUGAACAGCGGGCCGAGUACGUUCAGUAAGGCGUCUCUGGAGGUCGACUUGCCGUAUCAUUACAAGAACGACUCUCUGCUCUACGUUGUAUCUUUCGAGACCGAGGGGCCGAUUAACUGCACCACGGACAUCGAGCUCAACCCGCUCAACCUGUCGAGCCCGCUAUCCUCAGCGAAGAACAUCAGCGGCGGGAUACCUCCCAGAGAGUCAGAGACAGAGGGACGAAACAGACACCAAGUCCGCAAGAGAGAAGUGGAGUCAACAAGAGACUCACAGAACGACCUGCAGACACUGGACUGUAACACAGCAGCCUGUCUGCGGCUCAGGUGUCAGGUGGGUCGACUGGUGAAGGGGAGGAACGCCAUCGUGUUCAUCUACUCCAGACUGACCGUCAACAACUUCCUCAGGACGGAGAAUCAGAAUCGUUCGUAUAUGGUACAAUCGACUGCGUCCUUCAACAUCAUCGAGAUGCCGUAUAAGAACCUGUACUCAGAGCUAUCGUCCAACAGCACCAUGGUCAGUGUGUCGGUCAUGUGGGUGGCGGAGCCGCCUCUGCCGGUCCCGGGUUGGGUCGUAGCCCUGGCGGUGUUAGCCGGUCUGCUGCUGCUCGCUCUGCUCAUCUUCAUCAUGUACAAGCUGGGCUUCUUUAAGAGGGUCCGCCCCCCCCAGGAGGACUGCACAGAGAAGGAGCAGCUGCAGCCGGAGGAGAAUGGAAACACUGACGCCUAGAGGUCAAACUGAGGAGGGGCUCCCCCUACUGUUUGUACAGAACAAUUCAGGGGAACAUGGCCGCUGAGAGAGUUUCACUGUAUUCACUGUUGCAUGGGAGAUAAAGGUACUGUUUCAAGUUUUUUUUUUUUUUUUUUUUUUUUUAGUUUUCUUUUUUUUUACAAGUGUUCUUUUUCUGUUUGUGCCAAAAGAGAACGUCAGACUGAGACACAUGAAACCUUCAGAGAUCAUCAGAGUGUCUUCAAGUUAAAGGAGUAUUUCAACAUUUAUGGUACACACUUCCAUUCCUCUCUCGUUUCUGUACGCUACACAUCCAGCUAGCUAGCUUAGCAUUAGGUCUGGAAACUAGGGGGCGAAUGCACCUGGAAACACCUGGAGUGCUCUCUGAUCCACAGGUUUGAUCCAGUUUUCACAUUUUUCUAUCUUUCCAUGUGACUAGUGACUUUUUGUACAGAGAACUAAAAACAAAACAUGUAGACCCGUGAACUCCUGUCAACCUUUCCCCUUUAAUUUUAGUCCAUACGUGAAGCUAAGCUAAUUAGCUCCUGGUUGUAGCUUCAAAUUUCACAUUUCAACUUGAGGAAGAAUCCCUGAGUGCGUUUACACGGACUUGAGUAUCCCGGUUCUGAGUCUUGUCCUGGUUUUGAUCCACCUGGUUCUUCAUCUCGCUGAUCAAUCCUCGUAUCCUGCUUUAUGAUGACUGCGUUUUAUUUGUGCAGGUGCCUCCGAUGUUUAUUUUUUAUGACACAAACCGCGGCUAGUUUGAAAUCUGAGUUAGCUGAGACCUCUGAGGAUUAAUGUGGACGCUGACAGCGCAUCUCAUUAAAGAUUUAGUAAAAUGUGAAAGUGGCUGAAUCAGAGCCCCUUUUUCUGAUGUUUAACCACGUAGAAAUGUUUCUUCAAAGUGACCUGACUCGCUCCAUCAUACGUGUCAUGACACCGGCGUCCCGCAGCCUGUUCACCACCGACUUUAAAAGGUCAGCAUGUCGACUUCAUUCUUUCAUUACCACAAGACAAAUCUCCGUUUCUUCGUAGCUCCAGAAGUAAGACGCUCUAGUUGCCGUUUGUUUUGCUGAUAAGUCACUUGGCUGAGGCGGCGCCUGUGCAGGUCAUCGACAGCGGUUAGAAACCUGGUUAAGUGUAAGUGUAUACCGGUUCCCUGGUUUCUUUGGGGUCGGAUGUUUGCAUGCACAAACAAAAGAACAGGAUACUUAAAAACCCCGAUCUAAUCCGGGUGACUCCAGUCCACGUAAACGCACUCACGCUUAAGUUUGGAAGAAAUGUUUCCCAAAGUGUCGAGUUGCUCCUUUCUCUUCCUGGCAAAGAUCUCUGUAGCUUCAUGACACCAAACAUGAGAAGUUUUACUUUCCUGUGAGACUCUGCUGAGUUCAGGCUGAGAUUUGAUUUGCACACUUUUGUCCGAACCCUGAUUCCUGAAACUGUACAAUGGUUUAAAAAGUCCAGAACUGCUGAUUGGAUCCCUGAAAUAUUUCAGCCCAUCCUCUUUGAUCGCUUCAUAAACGUCUGCUCCUGUCGUCUCACGUCUGAGCGUUAGUGAUAGACCAGACUGGAUUUUAAGAUAUGGACUAUGAGGACACACCAGACAAUUUUUAAAUCUUAACUUGUAGCCGGUCUGAGUCUGAGGUCUCAUUCAGAACAAAGGUUAGCAUCAAAGCUAACUCCAUUAGCUUCCACAACAAACUAGCUCGCCUCUAAAGACCAGACCGAGAUCUAAAAGACGGCAGGAACAGACACAAGUUUGUGUAACUUCUUCAAAUCUACCAUGAAAACAAAGCUAUGUUAGCUGAGCUAAGCUAAGCUAACCAGCGGGGAGGAUAACGACGGCCUUUAAGAAAAUAUGAAUAAAGUGAAAUCAUCAGCAGUAACUGAAGUGUGAGCUGAUUGGAUCCCUGAUGAUAAGAAGUGUUACAGUAAUAUAUUGACCCUGAUACUUUUUAAACUUCUGUUUGUUUGUUUUUUGGGAAGUUGUUUGUUUUUAGUCGUUUAGUCGUUUGUUUCAGCUUUUUAUUUUUAUUUCUACAAAAAGAUGUUAAAUAUAAAAAACAGUCUGACUCUU